UCCUCCCACCUAACCUCGUCUCCAACAAUGCUUUGUGUGGACUAAACUACCCUUCCAUCUAUCCAUCCCUGGACCAGGACAGAUGAACAAAGGAUAACAUGCCACCACCAACCAAAGACCAAAGUGUAUGUCAUAUGAUAUUCAUCAUCUCCAAUGCAAUAAGUCUUCCCACCCACUCUCAUCCAGGAAAAGCCAAACAAACAACAGCCAACAAUGAACGGGAAUUGAAUUGCUUUGGUUCUAUCAUCUAUACAACAAAGGAAACCACCAAAGGCCAGAGAAGGAAACUAAGAGCAUAGAUAUAUACCACAAUUAUAACAACAUAAACACUGAUAUAUAUAUAUAUAUAUUUAUAUUUAUAUUGAUAUAGAUAUGGCUUCCCGGUCCCAAUCCAAGCCAUCAUCAGCACCACCACCACCAUCACCGCGGUCAAAGACGGAGGCUUUGGAUGUUCCCCUUCAUGGAAUUGGGUUCGAGAUUGAAGAGGUAACCCCAAAAAAGGUCUCCGGCCACCUCCAUGUCACCCAAAAGUGCUGUCAGCCUUUCAAGGUGUUGCAUGGAGGGGUAUCAGCUCUCAUAGCUGAGGCCCUGGCUAGCAUAGGAGCCCACCUGGCCUCUGGUUUACAAAGGGUGGCUGGGAUUCACCUCAGCAUCAACCAUUUGAAGCGUGCUGAGCUUGGUGACCAUAUCUUCGCUGAAGCCACGCCUGUCAAUCUUGGCAAAACCAUUCAGGUUUGGGAGGUGAGACUCUGGAAGAUUAAUCCUUCAAACUCAGACAUCAAAUCCUUAGUAUCAUCAUCAAGAGUUACUCUUUUAUGCAACAUGCCUGUGCCAGAGCAUUCAAAAGAUGCCGGUGAUGCUAUAAAGAAUUUUAUUUCGGGAUUUGAAUUGUCCUCGGAAGGGCUACAGCUCAUUGCAUGCUCCAGAGAGUAGCGCAUAAUUGCUCUGUCGGCGGAUGACUCAAGUUCAACCCAGUGAGUUUCCAAAGCAGAGUUGAAGACCAAAGUCAUCAAAUUUCUACAUUGCCUCCACCACCUCUAUCUGCUCUACAUAAAUUCUCUCCCACUCACUCACUCACUGUGAUUUCACACAGUCUCUCUCUCU